AUGCGUAAAUACCGCUGGUUAUAUAAAUACUUACGGCGCAAUAAUUUAUGUAAAUAUCAUAAAUAUACAGUUUUGGAAAUAAUUAUGAAAUGUAGCAUGUCGUCUCAACUCGAUCACAUAGGAGUUACCGAGGAUCUUAAGGCAUUUGAGCGCCGUCUCACCGAGUACGUUUCUGGUUUGCAUCCUAAAGCUAUUCGUUGGAGAAUCAUAUUUGCUAUCUCCACUUGUUCAACUAUUGCUUCAGCUUGGAUAUGGAUGAGCGAUGAAUCUACAUCCAAUUUGACUUUGAUCGAAUCACUUUGGAAUCAUCAAUUCUUCACAAUAAACCUUGUAGUUCUUGCACUUCUUUUCUUAUUUGGAAUUCAUAAGCGAAUAAGAGAACCACAAACCAUUAUUAAAAGAUGUAGGUUGGUACUAGAGGAUUACAACAUGUCAUGUGAUGAGAAAGGAAGGCUCAUCCUGAGACCACAGACUUCAAUAAAAGACAAUUAUUUCUCAUAUGCAAGAUAACACCUUGAAACUUAAAUGUUGUUUUAAAGCAUAGUCAAUAAUUUAAAGCUAAUUUAUAGCAUGGUUUGGAUCACCAUUUGUUCACAAAUAUACGUGUAAUUUACAAAAUAUCAAACUAUUUUACAAUGACAGUAAAUAAAAAGUUAGUAAAGUAAA